UAAAAUUGAGUUUUAUCUUUGAUAGUGGUACGGUUAGGCGCUGCUUUUUAUUGGACUAUGGACCGGAGCUAGAUGGGCGUUAUUUCUUCAUCUCUUUAAUAUAGCCUACCGGCAGUAAGAGAUACUAAACAAUAUUAAUUAAAUUAAACUUUAAGAGAUUUAAAGCUGCUUUGUUAACAAAACUCAUUCAGUAAAAUGGCAACCUUUUUACAAUCCACCAUUGACAAGGGAUCUGACAUUCUCCAAGAUUUCUUAUGUUCGACAUUUGAAGACAAGAAACUGGAUCAAAUGGCUGAUUUCUACUGUGGAACUUGUGUUAAAUUUUACUGCGGAAAAUGUAUUGGCAUGCACAGCCAGUUGUUUAUAAAACAUGCCCCCUAUGGAAGGGGAGAUUUGAAGAAAUGGCCAGUGGCAAAGCAGGUGGAAGAUUUUCUAUUGAAAUGCGAUGUCCAUAAAGAUAAAAACCUUGAAUUGUUUUGUGAUAAUCACAUUGAGCUGUGCUGCACAAACUGUGCAAUUCUUAACCACAGACACUGCCAAAAGAUAACUCUUAUAUCCGACAUCGUAAAAAGCCAGUCUACAGACCUUCAACAACUUUCAGUUUCUAUCCAAACUAUUCUAAAAGAGUUGAAGAAACUUCAAGACAACCAAGAGGCUAGCAUUCAGUAUGUGCAAAGUUCAUAUGAUGAACAGUUACACAAGAUACAGAAUACUCGUAGAGAAAUAAAUGCAGCCCUUGACACUAUUGAACAGAAGACACGAAAGGAAAUGUUAGAUACUGUAACCAAACUGCAGGCCUCUACCAAAAGUGAAGCUGAUAAAUGCAUCAGGCUAAGGGAUGAAUUGAAACAACUUCGAGACACCACACAGGACAUAAGUGAUAAAAGCAAGCAGGAGUUAUCCUUUAUUGCCACCAGAAAAUGCGAGAAAAAAUAAAACAAUCUAAAACUUUUUUGAAUAGCACUCUUCAGGAUAAAUGUUAUAUAUCAUUCCAGCCUAACAUUGAAAUUGUACAGUACUUGUCAACACUGUCCGGUCUUGGAAAGAUUGAACACAGUACCCAGACAAUGAUGGUACAAGAUAAUCCAAACAAGGUUAUCACUGUGCAGGGCAAGUCUGAACACAAUGUGAAAGUAUCAAGUGAUUCAA